AAUAAGCAUAGAAGUGGAAGGAAUAGAAGUAGAAGUCUAGAAAAACAUAGACAUAGAAGACGAGAUAGUCAUAGACAUAGACAUGAUGAAAGACGUAGAAGUAGAGACAAAUAUAGACAUGGUGAUAGACAUAGAAGUAGAAGCAGAGAUAAAUAUAGACAUGAUGAUAGACAUAGAAGUAGAAGAAAAUUAUCUUAUGAGAAAUAUGAAAAAAGGAAAUUAAGAAGUUAUAGUACUGAUUCUAUGGAAGAUAAAAAAAACGAUAAGAUAUCUUUAAAUAAUAUACAACAAUAUGAUAAUAAUAAUAGUAAUAUAAAAAAAAAUAAUAUAUAUGAAGAGGAGGAUGAGAAAUAUAAAAAUGAAGAAGAUUCAAAUAAUAGAAAGGAUGAAUGUGUUGAUAAAAAUUCAAAAGAAAAAGAUCAUGAUAACAAAAAAAA